AUGGAUCAUGAUGCUGAUGGCUGUCAGGUAACCCCGAAAUGUGCCAACUGCCACGGACCCCACCACGCAGACGAUGAAGGCUGCUACGCGCGGCCGAAGAAGGUUGGAGACACCUUCCAUAAGCUCUCCAAGUCACAGAAAAUACAUGCCAGACAGCUCGGCGCAGACGACUACAGAAGGCAAAACCUGGAAAGCAUGAUCCAGUCGUCCAACAGCCCACCAGCACAGAACCAUGCGCUAGCAACGACAGACAGCGGGGAGGAGGCCGACACGGAGAUGGCAAACACGACACCGGCCGUCGCAGGUGAUGCCACCACGGAGCCACCACAGGCAGAAAUCAUGCCUCUGGCGGAGAAGCUGGAACGUCGCGACGCAGCAGAUGACAUCCCCGACGCAUGGGAGCCAACUGUCAGCCCUGCCAAGGAGAUCCCCUUCGCAAAAACAAUCUCGACCAAGGAGAUCGAGAAAGCUGUCCUACACACCGGAAACACAACCCCCGGUUCAGACGGUAUCACGACCAAGAUGCUGCGAGCAGCCUGGCCGCACAUUGCCCGACCACUCACGACACUGUACAAUGCCUGCCUACAACUCGGUCAUCACCCCAGCGUCUUCAAGACUGCCGAAGUCGUCAUCAUCCCGAAGCCCAACAAGCGAAACCUCAGCGAUGUGUCCACAUGGCGUCCCAUAUCACUCCUGUCCUGCCUCAGUAAAGGAUUAGAGCGGGUCAUCGCAAGAAGAAUGGCUUACGCUGCUAUCAAAUACGGUAUCCUCCAUCCCAACCAGGCUGGAGCGCUGCCGAAGCGGUCUGCCGUAGACAUUGUGGUGUCCCUCAUCUACGACAUAGAGAAAGCACUUGCAGCUGGCAAGGUGGCAACUCUCGUCACAGAAGAUGUCAUGGGAGCUUUCGACGCAAUCCUCCGCAACCGCAUGAUCCUUCGCCUACGGCAGCAGGGGUGGCCGGGUUUCUUGGUCCGAUGGAUAGCCAGCUUCUUGCUAGACAGACUAGCCAGUGUGCGCUUCCAAGACACAACCACACCGAGCGCGAGACUGCGAUGUGGCCUCCCACAAGGCUCGCCCAUCUCGCCAAUACUUUAUAUCUUGAUCACAGCGGCAAUCUAUUUCCUCUCCGGCGCGGCCCAGAGAUACGGAUACGCUGACGACACGGCGAUGCUCUUUAUAGGAGACUCGCUGGAGGACACAGCAAGGCAAGCAAACGAAGCAAUCGCGGCCAUGGAGUCGUGGGGAAGAGGCGAGGCAAUCCACUUUGACCCGAACAAGACAGAAAUCAUGCACUUCUCCAGACGCACGGCAGACCACAGCCAAUCUCCCGUCAUUUACCACGGCGACAAGGAGAUACGGGCAUCGACAUCCAUGCGGUGGCUCGGCAUCUGGCUCGACAAGAAACUCACCUUUAACCACCAUAUCAAUGAGUGGACACAAAAGGCCCGUAAGGUAAUCAAUCACCUCCGGGUCAUGAAUAAUACCGUGCGAGGCAUGGCAGCAACAGCGGCCCGUCGAGCAGUGUGGGCUGUGGCUAUGCCAAUCCUAUUCCAUGGACUAGAUGCCUGGCUACCUGGCUUGGACACAGGCAACUCACGCCUAAAAAGAAACCACAUCUCAAAGACGAACCUGGCCAAGAUUCAACGCGUGCUUAAUCUCGCGUGUAGAAUGGUUCUACCCAUGUGGAAGACAACACCAUUAGAGUUUCUUUGGAAGGAAGCGGGCAUCCCGCCAGCGAGCGUCCUACUUCGACACAUCCAAGAACGGGUGGCGGUCCGAUACGCGACACUAGAUAAAGCACAUCCGAUCAGCAAAAGGUUGCGACAAUCACAAAGAGAAAUCGAACUCAAUGAGAAACCACUCAUCGCGGAACGAAUGGCCCUCCGGCACUCGAGGCUCCUUCGGACUGCAUAUCGCACCGCCAAAAUCGAAAGACCGAGACUCAUCCCGCAGAGGUUUUCCGGCAAUAUACAAGUAGAAGGGGCCACAGAGAGGCAGACCAAAGAGAACGCUGUAGCAGAGUUCGAACAUUGGCUUGCCAGCCGACCCGCAGGCUACGUAGUCUUCAGCGACGGCUCCAAAACGAAUGCUGAUACGGCAGGAUGCGGCUUCGCCGUUUUCCAUCAUAGACAACUUCUGGACUGGGGUUCCGGACAGCUAGGACGACGAGAAGUAUUCGACGCCGAGAUACACGGCGCGCUCGCAGGACUCAAAGCGGCUAUGCAGCGGAACAGCCUCUGCCUGUUUCCGAGAAUUCCAAAGGAUUGGGGACAAGCACCCGUAUCUAAUCUCAGUCAAAUGGUCCCCUGGCGCGGCUUCGCCGUUUUCCAUCAUAGACAACUUCUGGACUGGGGUUCCGGACAGCUAGGACGACGAGAAGUAUUCGACGCCGAGAUACACGGCGCGCUCGCAGGACUCAAAGCGGCUAUGCAGCGGAACAGCCUCUGUGAGCCGAUCACAGUCUGCAUGGACAACACGUCCGUGAUCGACUGCAUUGGAACAACAGCGGCAGACUCUUCGCAGGCCUGUUUCCGAGAAUUCCAAAGGAUUGGGGACAAGCACCCGUAUCUAAUCUCAGUCAAAUGGUCCCCUGGCCACACUGGCAUCUUCGGUAAUGAGCUGGCCGACCAACUCGCGAAGCAUGGUGCCACGCUCCCCACGAACGAGCAUCUGCCAUCUGUCUCGUACAGGAAAAGACAGAUGAAGAUGCAAAUAAAGAUCGAUCACCGAGCCUGGUGGGCGUCGAUUGAGAGAACAGAGUAUCUGAAGCUCGGCCUGGGAGCCGAGCUGAAGCAACUCCCGGAACUCAGCCUUCCCCGCCGCCUGCUCGGCUAUCUCUUGACAACACGAUCACAACACGGCGACUUUGCGGAAUACCACGAGAGAUUCCAUCCUGGACAGGCGACGCUGGAGUGCCCUUGCGGGCGCCAGAAAUCGCCCACCCAUCUUUUCUACUGCAGAAAGAUCCCUGGCCAUCUCCGGGUUCGGCUGGACCCCGAUCCAGAGACGGCAAUAGGGAAAUUUCUCGGUAGAUCCUACAAGGUGUACGUACGCAUCGCUGACUUCUACUAUUCGAAGAUCAACAAGCGCACAUAG